UGACAGCUGUGCCUAAUACUGCAGGAUCAUGGCGAUCAUUAGAGACACCAUUAAGCGAAUCAAUGUAUAGCAUUUUAUUUAUUACUUGGUUACAUAUUGUGCAUUCAUAUUAAAAAGUCAUUAAUAGCUUAGAAACAUUAGAUUCUUUUGGAUUCGAAACCAUGACACCUGUGCAGGCUGGUGCAAUUCCUCUGUUUAUGAAGAAUAAGGAUGUUGUGGUUGAAGCAGUGACAGGUUCUGGAAAAACAUUGGCUUUUGUAAUACCUAUUUUGGAGAAACUUUUGAGAAGAGAAGAGCCACUAAAGAACUAUGAAGUUGGAGCGAUUAUUAUUACGCCAACAAGAGAACUCGCACAACAGAUCUCGUCUGUCAUCGAUCAGUUUGUUGAUACUCAUGAAUGCAAGGAUCAGAUACAUCCUGGGUUAUUCAUAGGCGGUACGACAUCACUCGCUGAAGAUAUUUCUACUUUUAAGAAUGACCAUCCUCGCAUCUUGAUCGGCACUCCUGGUCGACUUGAAGAACUCUUGACAAAGACUGGACAAUUAGUCAAUGUCAAAGAAUUAGAGGUGCUUGUCAUGGACGAAGCAGAUCGACUCUUGGAUAUGGGUUUCUCCAGACAGCUAAAUACAAUUAUAGCACAACUGCCUAAACAACGUCGUACUGGUCUCUUUUCUGCAACAAUGACCGAUGCUAUUUCAGAACUAGUGCGUGCUGGUCUCCGUAAUCCUGUACGAAUCGUAGUCAAGGUUGAGGAUCUCUUGAACAAGGGCACAGUGCAGCGUACACCGGCUACUUUAGAGAUUGAUUAUUUAGUAUGUGAUGCAGAUCAGAAACUACUGCAGGCAGUACGCAUAUUAGAAACAGAGUUGAAUCAAGCGGAUGGCGCCCGAAAAUUUAUUGUGUACUUUGCCACUUGUGCGAUGGUAGACUAUUUUUACAAGGUGCUUAGUCGCAUGUCUUGUUUAAAGCCAUUCUCUCUUCAUUCUCUCCAUGGCCAAAUGGAUACUAAACGACGAACCGCCACCUAUAGUUCUUUUAUAGAAUUAUCACCAGCCAUUCCUGCUGUUUUAUUAUGUACGGAUGUUGCUUCGCGAGGUUUGGAUAUUUCGGAUUUGGACUAUGUCAUCCAGGUUGAUCCACCUCAGGAUCCAAAGGCAUUUUCACAUAGAUGUGGCCGUGCUGGUCGAGCAGGUAGAAGAGGUAAAGCGACUGUUUUAUUGGUGAGAGGCCGAGAAGAGCUGUACGUUGAUUUUUUAAAAUUACGAAAGAUUCCCAUUCAACGUCGACGAUACAUAUUGCCCAAUGGCGAAACAGUGGAUAAUAGCAUCAAGGACGAUACACAGGCUGACGAGAAAGCGACAUCAGUGCAGGUGCAGGAUCCUUCUUUAUCCAAAUUCAUUACAGAUAUCAGGUCGAUUGUCAAAACAGAUCGAGACCUUCAUGAUCGUAGUAUUAAAGCAUUUGUAUCAUGGGCAAGGUCAUACUCAAAGCAUGAAGCAAGUUAUAUCUUUCGAGUAAAAGAUAUCAACCUGGGACAGUUAGCUAUGGGCUUUGGAUUAUUAAAGCUACCUAAAAUGCCCGAGUUAAAACAGCAACAACAAAACUUGAAUACAUUCAUAGAAGAACAAUUAGACUGGAGUUCCUACAAAUAUUCAGACAAAAUGAGAGAGGCCAAGAGACAAAGAGAGAUGGCAGAACAAAAAGAGAAGCCUCAAAUACAAUCAAAGAAAAAGAGUGUAGCUUGGUCUGAAAAGGUAGAGGCUAAGGAAAGAAAAUCAAUACGUAAAGAAAAGAAGCAAAAGAAGAGAGAGUAUCUGAAAAGAAUGCAAGAAGAAGAGGAAGAAAAAAAGAAGAGGGCAUUGGAGGAUGAUGAAGAUGAUUGGGAAGAGUUGGCAAAAGAAGAAAGACUGUUCAAGAAAGUGAAGAAGGGUCAACUUGAUAGAAAUGCGUUUGAUGACAUGUUUACAUAAUAAACCUUUAUUACCAAACAGGGUUUUUCAUAAUGGCAUUUGUUAUCUGUUCAAAUAGGUGUUUGCUGUGGUUCGUAUCAACUGUCUUUAAUGCGAUACCUAAUAAAAGCGGCCUUGUUUCAUGAGGAUUCAUUGAAACAAUCGCUUGAAGAAUAGAGGUUGCAUAUAAUAUAUACAAGUCACUCUGUGGACCCAUAGAAUCACCUAUUAAAAAUUUGGUUGUUGUAGGAAAUGUGUCAAGAGUGCUUAUUCAAGUGUCCUAUCUUCCCAUAU